AUGCAUGACGAAGACAUUUUAAAAGUAUUGGGUGACGGCAAUGAUUCGGACAUUGAGUGUUUUGACGAUUCCGACGACGAGGAACCGUUUUUUAAUCAUGCUGUCUUGGACAAUCUAUUUGACCUUGAUUUACCCGAAGAUCCUGCUGAAAAUCAAAAAUAUGACCAGGUGAAAGGCAGUCUAUUACCAGACCAGUCCGUACCAGCACAUUCUUCCGUAGUACCGACUGCUAAACGUCCGUGUCGCUCUGGUUCCCGCCCUAGUCGCUGGAGAGUUACUUUGUUUGAAGAUAAACAGCAUACGUACCCUGAACGACCUAUUAAAUCGGUAAGACAACCAAUUAAUGACGUGCAAGAUUAG